AUGCCAGCUUUCCGUGCGCUCAAAACGCUCGCGCGGUCGCUAUCCACCACUGCAAGGUCUACAUCUGAGCUCGUUGGCACAGCCCCUUCGCACCGGUGCUACAUCUUCUUGCAUACCCCACAGCCGCCUAGCGAGUAUCCCGCCAAGUACGCAACCCCCGUCCAGCGCGCACUCCUUCUGCGCACUGCUAAAUGGGGUGGGUCUGUCAAUUUUUCGUGGUCUGAGGACCAACAAUCUAUCUGUGCACGACCACCUGGGGAGGAAGACAAGCAGGAGUAUCAUCUGACGGCGUUUGCGCAUCCACGGGGAAAGCUUGAGGCUACUGUGUCCAUGGAUAAUAUUGAGGAGGUGGGAGAAAAGUUGAGGGCGCAUGCUGAAGGUACCUCUGGUGCUACACCCUCGAAUUCAGAUGAUGUGCAUUUGUAUGUCUGUACUCAUGGUGCGCGAGAUUGUCGGUGCGGAGACAUUGGGGGAGCAGUCGCCCAGGCUAUAAGGGAUGAACUCCGCAAGCGCAGAGAUACCAAUCCAAGUGAUCCCAGUACUCGCAUUAAACUUGCAGAAGUGGCACAUGUCGGAGGGCACAAAUAUGCAGCAAAUCUCCUUGUGUACCCGCACGGAGAAUGGCUAGGUGAAGUAGAGCCCGAGGAUGUUCCAGAGAUUCUAGAUGCUAUUCUGGCAUUACCAGUGCGCCCGCGCAACAUUGACGAAAUACCUAUUUGUCCUCGCAAUUGGAGAGGUCGCAUGGGGUUGAACAAGGACGAGCAGGUCCAGCUCUUGCAGCGAACUUACUCAUGA